UUUUGUCCCUCUUGCCUCUCUCUUCUGCAAGAGAUGGGUGUUCUCACCUGGUUACAGACGUGGGUACUGUUAGUCCUUGGAGUUGUGUAUGGGUUGGCAGACUCCUCUUGCAGGCUUCUGGAGACUCCGUUCUAUCAGAGUGUGUAUAAGGAGGGUGACGUGAUCAUUGGAGGACUGUUCUUUAUUCAUUCAGAGCCACCUGAGCCCAACCUGGACUUCACACAGCGAGCAGCACCUGCGAGUUGUCAGAACUUUUUUUUGAACGCGUACUAUUAUAUGCAGACCAUGAUCUUAGCAGUGGAAGAGAUAAACAGAAACCCCCAGUUGCUGCCCAAUCUCACCCUGGGGUAUGCCGUGGCUGACACCUGUCUUGCAGAGAGAACAACAUUAAGCGCUGCACUGGGGCUGGUAACCGGGAAGGACCCUGUUGUUACAAGCUCCAGGUGCGGCCGCACUCCCAAGGUGCCUGUCAUCCUCGGUGAUGGCCGCUCCUCAUCAUCCAUCGUGAUCGCUCGUACACUGGGAGUCUUCAGCAUCCCCAUGGUGAGCCACUCUGCCACAUGCGCUUGCCUUGGAGACCGCCAAAAGUAUCCAACAUUCUUCCGCACUGUUCCCAGCGAUGCCUUUCAGGCCCGAGCCAUUGCACGCAUCCUGCGCCUCUUUGGCUGGACCUGGGUGGGCAUCGUGAUGGGAGAUGAUGACUACGGCAGGUCUGGGAUCCAGCUUCUGCUGGAGGAGCUGCAGAACUCUCAGGUGUGUGUGGCCUUUUCUGAGGUCAUCCCCAAGGUCAACUUGGAGAAGAGUAUCCCGCGCAUCGUGGAAACACUCAGGCAUUCCACCGCCAAAGUCAUCAUCACUUUUGCCCUUGCCACAGACAUGAAUGCCCUGCUAAGGGAAGUGGUGAGACAGAACAUCACUGACAAGCAGUGGAUUGCCACAGAGUCCUGGAUUACUUCCAGACUUGUCGCUUCUCCACAAAACCUGCCCUCACUGAGAGGCACUAUAGGAAUUGCAUUGCGCAAAGGAAACAUUCAGGGUUUCAGUUUUCUCACUGGAUUUCAGUCCAAGGAUAUGCCCACUGACCCCUUCCUGCACGAAUUCUGGGAGGUAAUUUUCAGAUGUUCUUUCAGGAAUGAUUCCAGCUCCUCUUCAUCAGCCCGGCCCCAGUGCACAGGGUCUGAAACCUUGGACGAUGUUGAGAGCUUUUAUUCUGAUGUCACAGAGCAGAGAAUCACUUAUGGUGUGUACAAGGCUGUGUAUGCCAUCGCACAUGCCAUUCACAACAUGCUGUCCUGCCAACCAGGACAUGGCCCCUUUGAAAAUGGGGAUUGUCCAGAUGUCACCAACCUCCAGCCCUGGCAGAUUCUCCACUACCUCAGCACUGUCAACUUCACCACUCCUCUGGGGGAGGUUACACAAUUCAAUGAGAAAGGGGAACCCUCAGCUGCUUAUGACAUCAUGAAUUGGCAAGUUUGGGCACAAGGGACAGUGAAGUUCGUCAAGGUGGGACAGUUUGACUCUGUGGACGGAUUUCACAGCAAAUUUGACAUCGAUGUGAAAAGAGUCGUCUGGGGUGGUGGCCAGAAAGAGGUGCCUGUGUCUGUCUGCAGCAUGCCUUGUCCCCCAGGCACUCGGAAGGCUGUGCAGAAAGGAAAGCCCAUCUGCUGCUUUGACUGCUUACCGUGUGCAGAAGGAGAGUUCAGCAACACCUCUGAGUGCCAGAAGUGCCCAGAUCGAUUCUGGUCAAAUGCUGCUCGAACAACCUGCAUUCCAAAAGAGGUGGAGUUCCUGUCCUUCCAGGAGACCAUGGGGAUCAUUCUUGCUGCUCUUUCAGUCUCUGGGGUGGCCCUCACAGGCUGUGUCAUUACCACCUUCUUUUUCCACCAGGACACACCUCUUGUUAAGGCAAACAAUGCAGAGCUGAGCUUCAUGCUGCUGCUGGCACUCUCUCUCUGCUUCCUGUGUGCACUGGCCUUCAUUGGUCGCCCCUCUCUCUGGUCCUGUAUGUUGCGCCACACGCUGUUUGGGAUCAGUUUUGUGCUCUGCAUUUCCUGUGUCCUCAGCAGGACGGUGGUGGUGCUGGUGGCCUUCCGUGCCUCAGUCCCUGGCAGCAACAUCAUGCGGUACUUUGGCCCGGUGCAGCAGAGACUGGCCAUCUCCCUCUGCACCUCUGUCCAGGUGCUCAUCUGUGUGCUGUGGCUGGUUCUCUCACCGCCCAUCCCAGCCGAGAUACAGGGGAGGAGUGCCAAGAUCAUCCUUGAGUGUGAUGUGGGCUCAGGGGCUGGAUUUGCCUGUGUCCUGGGCUACAUCGGCCUGCUGGCAGCCACCUGCUUCCUGCUGGCCUUUUUAGCCAGGAAGCUCCCAGACAACUUCAAUGAGGCCAAGUUCAUUACCUUCAGCAUGCUCAUCUUCUGUGCUGUCUGGAUCACCUUUGUCCCUGCUUACAUCAGCUCCCCAGGGAAAUAUACAGUUGCUGUGGAGAUAUUUGCCAUCUUGGCCUCCAGCUAUGGACUACUCCUCUGCAUCUUUGCUCCCAAGUGUUAUAUAAUCUUACUGAGACCCGAUAAAAAUACCAAGAAGAAAAUGAUGGCCAAAUAAAUGUCAUAAACAUUAGAUUGCAUUUAAUGUGUGUGAGUAAUAUUCUAGUCAGAAUGUCUGUCUACUUUUAUUUAGAUGUUGGUUAAAAGAACCAGUCAACUUCCAGAGCUUAAGCUGGAAGGCAUUUUAAAGCUUCAUAUUAAGUAAAUACAGAAAAUGUAUUGAUUUGUAAUCAAUAUGUAGUCAUUUGAAUAUGUUCUAUAUCUUUGUUCUAGUCCUUCCCUACACACAGUUGUCUUUUAAAGAAUACAAUAUGUAAUCAUUAAACCAUAAACCAUUUAAAUAUUAUAAUAUGAAAUGCAACAUAUUCAGUAAUAAAUCAUGUAAUAAAUUAUAAAUUAUUCCAGGAAACAAACUGCUAAAAAUGAAACAUGACUUCUUUGUUUUAAACCAUGAAGCAACUCACAUUUAUGUUCCUUGUCAUUCUACUAUCACAGAAUAGAAGCAGCA